CCUUCACUUGUUUUUUAUAAGAUGGCAGAGUAAAUGGAACAAUCUGCCACCGGGCAAGGUUAUUUUGCAUCGAUUUUAUGGCCAGGCGCCCGACGAAUUUCGGCCAGCAGCGCGAGGGGAUGUCCGCCUGUUAGUUGGAAGCACAUUCUGCCCAUUUUCGAAAGUAAUCGUCUAGAAGAAUGCCAUGACAGAGCCGGACAGACACGUGGGUGCCGACGACAGUGGGUCAAGUGCUGAGGAGGCGGCCGGAGGCUCUGGAACCGGACUGGAGGAGGAACAUGAGCGGCCGUCGCCCCCGGGGGGCCACGGCCAAAGCACAUCAGAGGACGGGGGUGGUGGCAAUAAUGGCGACAACGGCGGGCCGAUGACGAACGGGAGCGGCAACGGGGGUGGCGGGGGCGGCAACAAGAUGUUCGAGUGCGACGUGUGCAACAUGAAAUUCUCGAACGGGGCCAACAUGCGGCGACACAAGAUGCGGCACACGGGCGUCAAGCCGUACGAGUGCCGGGUGUGUCAGAAGCGCUUCUUCCGCAAGGACCACCUGAUGGAACACUUCACCACCCACACCAAGUCGCUGCCCUACCACUGCCCCAUCUGCAACAAGGGCUUCCAGCGGCAGAUUGCCAUGCGCGCCCACUUCCAGAACGAGCAUGUCGGCCACAACGACGUCGUCAAGACGUGUCCACUCUGCACCUACCGCGCCACCUCCAUGAAGAGUCUCAGGGUCCACUUCUUCAACCGGCACGGCAUCGACCUCGACAACCCGGCCACGCCGCCUGGACUCACCAACUCAGCCCUGCGAUUUGAGCCGUCCGACAUGGACAGGUCGCAGGACUCCACUUCGCCCAUGCAGAUGAUCCCACCUCACUUCCUUGCUCCGCACGUCGAAAUUUCCAUGGCACCAGCUGAUAUUCUUUUUGUAGGUGGAUCCAACUUCCACAACUCUGGGGGCAGCUUCUCUCCUCCGGCUGAUUUAAGUCAUCAGAGGCCGGGCUCGACAAACGGCACCGCCAACUCGCCAUCCGCCUCGCCGCAGUCGUCCAACUCGAACACUCCGUCCAGCACAGCGCAGCAGGCGGCGGCAGACCUUCCGCCUCCCUCCAUUUCCCUGAUCCCAAUUAAGCAAGAGCCGAAAGAGGAUGCUGGGAGCGGAGGCGGCGCCGCUACCACCCCCGAGAGGCAGCCAUCAGAUAGCAACGGGCAGCCGCUUCAGGAGAGCGCCCUGUCCUUGAUCAAGGUGUCACCCCUCAAGUCACUGCUCCGAGACGAAGGGGCGGCCUCUGCGCCGCGGCGGGGGCGGGCGUCCGCCCUGGCGCAGUGCUUGGAGCAGCCGCCGCGGGGCGGCAUGCCCGGGGGCGGCUGCUGUCAAUGUGUUCAUUGUGGGAUUGUGUUUCCUGAUCAGACCCUUUAUUUCCUGCACAAGGGCUGCCACUCCGACAGUAACCCAUGGAAAUGUAAUAUCUGUGGUGAGCAAUGCUCAAACAUCUACGAUUUUAACUCACAUUUGCUCAGCAAGACGCACCAAUGACUUGUCACUAGUAGCUGAAACUCUCUCGAGGCGGCACAAGACUCGAAUAUUAGAACAAACUUUCAAAAAGAAAAAAUCAGUUAAUUAUUUGAUGGGUCUUUUUUAAUUUUUGGUUAAUGUCAAUUUCUAAAAGACCUUCAAUUAUCAAGUAGGGUUUACACAGAUGUCCAGAGAUAUGCAAUGAAUUGUUUCUAUUCGAGACUAGCAAAUUGUUAUGAAAUCCAAAGUUUAUGCAAGCUCAAAAGAUAUUGAUGUUUUUAAUUUAUUUCUAUAGAAAUUUUUCUGCAUAUCAUGGAAAUUUUUGUAACAAUUUUUAGGCACAGUAAAAACUUUAUUCUUUUCUUUGGAA